AUGAGCUCGCAACCCUCAUCCUCCUCGUCCGCAUCCUCCUCCGGGAAGCCCGACAAGCUCGAUCCGGUUAUGCGCAACGCUCUCCGCUACACCCUCAGCGCCCGCGAGUACAAGCUCCUGCAUCAGUAUCUGAUCUCCCGCGCUCCUCCUGCUGCCCGCCAAAGAGCUCCUCCACCCCGCCGCUACGACGCCAUUGUCAAAGCCACCGAUGACUACAAUGCUGCUGCCGUCCGCGCUUCGCUGCGCCUCGCCUUGUCUUCCUUGGCCGCGCUGAAGCUUUGGGACCUCGUCUCCGCCCGCCUGCUCUCUGCCCGCAGGCCCGUACGUGCAAAAUUGCCUUUCUGGAAGUCGCGAAACGUCCGCCUCUCCAGCUCCCUCGCCCUGAUCUUCUUCUUCCAUCGCAUCCUCCAUCGCUUCUUCCUCCGCCUGCGGGACAGCAUCCUCGCAAACAACGCCAAGCCAUUCCGCCGCCGCAACCCUCGCGUCACAAAGGUCCUCACCUCGCGACUCGCUCCCGCCAUUGGCGCAAGCCUGUCGGGCUUCUGGCUCGGCCUGUGCCCCGCAGAUCAGCUCAGAAUCACUGUUGCCAUCUACGCCUUCACACGCUCGCUGGAGUUCGUAUACAAUGCCUUGGAGGACAAGGGGCUGUUCAAGAAUCGUCCGUGGUGGUUUGGCUCGUGGUUGCUGUACCCCGUGGCCUGCGGCCAACUGCUGCAUGCAUUUGCCUUCGACCGGGACUGCUUCCCCGACGCCUACGGCCGCUUCAUACUGAAGAACUCGCCUCAGUAUAUCCAGCCCAGGCCGUCCCAUUACACGGGGCAAGCUCCAUGGCCAGACACAUAUGCAGUGGUUGACAGCCUUGCCGAAAUUUCCCGCCAGCGCUGGCCUCUGUUCGUUUCACCCAUCAUGUUCCCCAACAAGCCAACUCUGCCCCGGACUUUGACCGCCAUAGCUCCCAUCACCUCGCCCGCUCACCCUGCAAUCAAGAAUCUCUCUUGCGCUCUCCUCCACCCACACGACCCGUCGUGCGCCCGAACAUACAUUUCCUAUUUCAUUCAAGCCUUCCCUGCUCUUGCUCGUUUCUUCACCGUCAUCUUCGGUGUCCUUUCGCUGGCCAGAUACAAGGCCUUCAUCGAUGCUCCCUUUGCCGCCCUCAACCGCCUUGCGAAGUCCAUCCUCCGCAUGUCUCUGUUCGUCACCGGCGCCAUCGGCUCCAGCUGGGCGAGCAUCUGCCUCUUUCAGCAGUACAUGCCACGGAACUUCCUGCCCACCCAGCGCUUCUUCCUCGCCGGUUUCCUGGGCGGGCUGUGGGCUUUCUUGGAACGUCACAACGGCCGCACCACUUUCCUGUACUCGUUCCGCUUGAGCGUCGACAGUUUUUGGAAGGUCGGCGUCAAGCGUGGCUGGUGGCGAGGCAUCAAGAAUGGGGAUGUGCUGCUCUUCGUCGCGAGCUUGGCCGUCAUCAACACCAUGUAUCAGAUGGACCCCAAGUCGGUGAAUGGCGGCGUUGUGAGAAAAGGGCUAAGCAUGCUACGCGGCGAUGGAUGGGUGGACCGCGCGCUUAUGCAUGAGAAACGUGCGAAGAGGGGAAAAGGGGAUGAUGACGUUUUGGACGAGAGGGAGGUCAAGGCGACGGCAAUGCCUGAGAGGGGCGCGCUGAGCCAAAAGGAUGAGGAAGAGAUUCGGCAACAGGCGGCGUAA